GUGUGUGUGUGUUUUUUCCCUCUCUCACCCCGCAGAGCGCCACUCCACCGUCAGUGCGUUCUCCUGGGCGCUGUGGAGUUUGGACGCUGCAGCAUCACCUGCGUCAGGGUCGGUUGCUUUAGCAGAGACUUCCCAAAACCUUUGACUGAAAGCACACAGAAGCACGCCAGCACAGUAUUGGUGAAGUCCUUCCAGACCCCGAAGAAGAAGACAUAAACCAGGUCGAGCGGGAGCUCGGCUACUACGAAACCAACAGAGGCUGCUCACCAUAGAGGGGGACGAAGUAGAAAGCAUGAGUUCAUGCAGCACAGAUGUUAAGGAAAAUCGGAACUUGGACAACCUCUUCUCCAAAGAGGGGGUUGCAACUGAGGCUGCUCAACUCCCCAAUGGGAGUGCUGGGGGUGGGAGGAAACGUCCCUUAGAGGAGGGCAAUAAUGGGCACACACAUUCCAAGUACAAGCCCAAGAAGCGUAAGAAAGUCCCGGGGCCGGUUCUGCCUAAGAAUGCCCUGAUGCAGCUGAAUGAGAUCAAGCCCGGGCUGCAGUACAAACUGCUCUCUCAGACCGGGCCGGUCCAUGCGCCCGUCUUUGUGAUGACUGUGGAGGUCAACGGGCAGCUCUUCGAGGGUUCGGGUCCAACCAAGAAGAAGGCCAAGCUAAACGCAGCAGAGAAGGCCCUGCGCUCUUUCGUCCAGUUCCCCAACGCGUCUGAAGCCCACAUGGCCAUGGGCCGGACUCUGUCUGUUCACACGGACUUCACCUCAGACCAGGCUGACUUUCCGGACAUGCUCUUUAAUGCCUUUGAGACAUCCACUCCUGUAGAUGACCCCUUUUACCUUGCCUCCAACAGUAAUGGUUCCUUCAGCUCACUGGGAAUAGAGUACCCGUUGCUACCCUCCCCUCUGCCAAACCAGGUCCAGGCCCCCUUACCUCAAGCCUCCUCCACCUUCUUCUCCCCUGCAAGCGGCAAGAAUCCCGUCAUGAUCCUCAAUGAGUUGCGGCCGGGCCUCAAGUAUGACUUUGUGUCGGAGAGCGGGGAGAGCCAUGCCAAGAACUUUGUUAUGUCGGUGACGGUAGAUGGUCAGAAGUUCCAGGGUUCUGGACGGAACAAGAAGCUGGCCAAGGCUCGGGCUGCCCAGGCUGCUCUGUCUGCUCUGUUUAACAUGCAGCUGGACCAGGAUCCGUCAAGACAGCCUAUACCCAGAGAAGGGCUGCAGCUUCACCUGCCACAGGUGCUGGCAGAUGCCGUCUCUCGUCUGGUGGUUGACAAGUUCAGCGAGCUGACGGAAAACUUCACAUCUCCGCAUGCUCGACGGAAAGUAUUGGCAGGCGUCGUCAUGACAACAGGUACUGAUGUGAAGGAGGCUGAGGUCAUCUGCGUAUCCACAGGGACAAAGUGCAUCAAUGGUGAAUACAUGAGCGAUAGAGGUUUGGCCCUCAAUGACUGCCAUGCUGAGAUUGUGGCUCGUCGGUCGCUCAUCAGGUACCUGUACUCCCAACUGGAGCAUUUCCUCAGUAACCACGAAGAGGAGCAGCAGAAAUCCAUAUUUACCAGGUGUGACAACAGACAAGGCUUCAGACUGAAAGAAAACGUCCAGUUCCACCUGUACAUCAGUACCUCCCCCUGUGGAGACGCCCGCAUCUUCUCUCCUCAUGAAGCUGGAGUGGAGGAUCAGGGAGAUAGACACCCGAACAGAAAGGCCCGCGGGCAGCUCCGCACUAAAAUUGAGUCUGGUGAAGGAACAAUCCCAGUGCGCUCCAGUAACACCAUUCAGACGUGGGACGGGGUUCUUCAGGGUGAGAGGUUGCUCACCAUGUCCUGCAGCGAUAAGAUCGCCAGGUGGAAUGUGGUUGGAUUACAAGGCUCUUUGAUGAGCUACUUCACUGAGCCCAUCUACUUCUCCAGCAUCAUUCUGGGCAGCUUGUACCACGCCGACCACCUCUCCAGAGCCAUGUAUCAGAGGAUUACUGAGAUCGAGGACCUGCCGCAGUCCUUCAGCUUGAACAGACCGCUGCUCAGUGGAAUAAGUAACGCAGAGGCUCGUCAGCCUGGAAAAGCACCCAACUUCAGUGUGAACUGGACAGUGGGAGACCAAGGCCUAGAGGUGAUCAAUGCCACCACAGGGAAAGACGAUCUGGGUCGAGCCUCCAGGCUCUGUAAACACGCUCUCUACAGCCGCUGGAUGCGCCUGCACAGCAAGCUCUCCUCCACCCUGCGGAUCAGAACCGUGAGGCCCAGCAGCUACCACGAGGCCAAGCAGGCGGCGGUGGAGUACCACAGCACCAAGCAGGCGCUCUUCAGAGCCUUCCACAAAGCCGGACUGGGCGCCUGGGUUAAGAAACCUAUUGAGCAGGACCAGUUUGCACUCCCCACCUGAGUUAGCGCUGGGCUGGUGAUGCUGUUGGUGGGGGUCUUUUGACAGAAAACGUGUCAACCUGCACGCUUUCCUUUCUGAAACCGUUUCGGUCAGUUUCAGUGGUGGAAACGUUUCCCUCUGGAUUGUCGCGGAGUGGACUGUGUGUUACCGGGAGGAAAGACGCACCUAAUCCAGAUGUCAGAAUCCAUGGCUUUAACGUUCCUCCUUAUUUUUUUAUAGCCUCAUGCUACUCUCAACCAGCACUACACAUUGAAAAAAAGAUUAUUAAAUCAGUUAUGCAACUUUAUACAAAGGACAAAUGUAAAAGGAGACGUUGGGAAUGGAAACUUGUGUACAGCAUUGUUAGUUACCAUGGCAGGUGUUUCUGUACAGUAAGAAUAGUGAUAAAUUCAUUUUGCAUGUAUGAUUAUACCAAAUUCAUACAGUAGGAAAUCUACAGUAAAAGGUUUGUUAUCAUGUUCAGUAUUGUGAUCUCAAAUCAUCAGUGUUGUGAUAACUUGAGGAUGUCCUUCUGCAGUUUGGUAACGGAUGUUUAUCUGCUCUGUUGCGGUUCUUUGACAGCAACCUUAAGUUCACUUGGAUAUUUCCUCUUAGUUUUAGGGUAAAAUGACUGAAAUACUUAAAGUUGGGGUAUGCAAUUUCUUUCAGAAGCAUUUUUGUUAGAUUUGUUGAAAUUCUUUUUACAUCCCGACAGCAAUCAAUGAAUCAAAUGCUCUGACACAUAAAUGAAAAGAAAAAAAAAAAUCCGUUAUCUGUGGCAGGACUAUUAAUAAGCAUGGCCAAUCAGUGUCAUUCAAGUUUCACGAACACUCAUGCUCAGGUGUAAAGCUGCGUUGAAGUGUUGCUGAUGUCAGCAAGAACGCUGUUGUCCCAGUUUCAAAUUAACCUUCUGACUUCACCUUGCUAAGUCCCAUGAAGUUCAAACUUGACGUCCCCUGAAUUACGUAACUCUUGCCGAGCAGAAGCUAUUGUAGCUACAAGUGACAAUUAUGAGAUGAUGGUAAAUACUAAAAUGUAUUAGUAGCGCACUGACUCAGCAAGUUUGCCACCUUUAGACACUUGGUCAGACCUGACCAAGUACAGUCAGGCUGUAGAGGCAAAACCCCAGAGUGUUGAGUGGUAUUGGAUUGGACAAGGGUUAUUUUAUUGCUUAAGGGUUCAGUUUUCGUUCAUAACAUGAAGAUUGUGUCCUUUUAAAAGUUACCUAGUCUCAUUUAAAGUGACGGUAAUGACAUGAUUAUCAAUGUCGCAUUAAGCUGGUUUAAAGGAAGCUACUGAGACCCUAGCCCUGUGUGUUGCCAAUACAUCAGAGUUUUUCAAUGAAAGUAUAAAAUAUUGGAAAGAAGCGUGUUUACGGUAUACAUUUAUAAUGAUAGUUCUACAUGUAGUAGUCUUACAUGUUGAUGUUUAGAACACAGUGUAGUAUACCAACUACACCACUGCGUGUACCAAAGUAAGUGAUAAUACAUUUUUUAUUUUAGUUAAUGUGCAAAUUCAAAAAGGAUUUUCAUUUGGAAAUAGAGUCAAAACUUGGGAAACAAACAAAAAAAAAAAACGUUUAAUUGUGCUUAGGGCAGAAUAUUUUUUCUUUCAGGUGGUUAUACUUUCAGAACAGCGGUAAUUGUUUUAAAAUUACCUUUUGGGUUUAUCAAAGAUUGCUGGAUUUUUUUUUUUUUUUUGAGAAAAGGAUACCCGGAUGAAUUGUGAUUUGAAUGUAAUGGUAAUACUUGAGAGGCACAAACGGUGGCUACUGAGAUCCAAAUACCAACAGAAAUUGUGACUGUACUUUGAAAGACAAGCUUGGACUUUUAAUUACAAUUAAAUACAAUCAUACGUCACUUGCAGCCAGAGAGAGGUGAAUUAUGAAUCACUUUGCUGAUUCAAAUGAUUUCGUCCGGUAAUUUGUUAAUUUCAAACAUCUCUCCCAAUAUGAUCCCCGCUGCACCAGAUUAGGGUAACUAACCCUUAUGCACGUGAAUCUCUCCUGCAUAUUCAGCAACUACAGUAAACCCAAAUCCCAGAACCCAGACCCUGCUAGCGUUGCUGCAGUUAACACUUCAGUCACAUUUACCACCAGUAAAAGCUCACCAAAGAUGAUGUCAGCAUCAACUUUUUACAUUUUUAUUUUCACUGUUGUUUUCCACAAAUUCAAAUGUUUGUUUUUAUUACUGUAAUCUGCCUCUACAAAGUGUUUGUGACGGUGUGUGACGUGUGAUGUUCAACUCUUUCAAACCAAACAAGACAUAAUCCCAAAUCACCUGUUUUCUAUAAACCAAAUGUACAUUUUAACUUUCAAAUAUGUUUUUAAUUUUCUAAACUCUUUGUUUUGCUGCCGCCGUCCUCUGGAUGUAAAGCCUCAAACACACAUUGGGCACAUUGAACUAACUUACUUCUGAUGUAGGUUGAGUUAUUUUCUUAAUAUAUUUGAAUGUGUAUCCUUCCGCUUCUGUUUAAUUGCUGAAAACAUGUCUUAACUUUGAGCACGUGCAGACCUGUUCCCGUCUCAGUGUACCUGGCUCCAUGCUCGGCCUCUCACAGUUUUUGGAUGCUGAUAAUAUUUCCACAGGAUAUGCACUUUUUCGAAAAGGGAAACGAUUCAUGUUUUUCAUGGACUUUGAGGAGAAGUGAAUGGAUCAGUUUUAAAAGAUGGCCCUCUGUAUGUUGAUCCUCCCUGUCCAUAUGUUGGUGAGCUUCUGCAGUUCUGAUGGGUUCAUGCACUACGUCAUUGAUUUGCCCUGUAAAAGACUGUGGGGCCUAAUGCAUGAGCUCUACAUGUAAAGCAUGAAAACCAUAAAUAUAAAAUAUGUAGAAACUGUGUCAAGUCACUGAGCCUAGAGCUUUAAUAAAAUGCUAUUAUAGUUGUU